UUCAAUAUAGAUAUUUGAAACGGAAAAGCAUGGCUGUACAGUUGAAUGUUGCAGUUCUAUCAAUAUUAUUACUUUUGUUCAGUACUCCAAUCCCUAAAGCCCAAUCUACCGUUGUUGAUGUAGUUGCCAAGUAUGGCGCAAAGGCUGACGAAAGGACGGAUUUGAGCACUCCUUUGCUGAAUGCUUGGAAAGAAGCAUGUGCAUCGACAACUCCAAGUAAGAUUGUAAUUCCGAAAGGGACGUACAGAUUAAGCAGAGCAAACCUGGAUGGUCCUUGCAAAUCAGCUAUUGAACUUCAGGUUAGUGGCACCAUAAAGGCUCCGGCAGAUCCUAGCGCUUUCAAGGACCCUAAUUGGGUUGUCUUCAACCACGUUGAUCAUCUUACAAUAUCUGGCGGUGGAGUUUUUGAUGGCCAAGGAGCCGCUGUUUGGGGCAAGAACAAUUGUGCUAAGAACAAAUAUUGCGCCGCACUUCCCGUUAAUUUAAGGUUCAAUUUCGUCAGCAACGCCAUUGUACAAGGCAUAACUACCAAGGACAGCAAACAGUUCCACGUUAAUGUUUUGGGAUGUCAAAACUUUACCUUCCAACAUUUCACCGUCUCCGCUCCUGAAAACAGCAUAAACACGGAUGGAAUCCACAUUGGGCGAUCGAAUGGGGUCAAGAUUCUUGACACAAACAUUAAAACCGGUGAUGAUUGUGUCUCCUUGGGUGAUGGUAGCAAGAACGUGAUCGUCGAGAGAGUAACCUGCGGACCAGGGCAUGGAAUCAGUGUGGGGAGUCUUGGAAAGUUCAAGGGUGAAGAACCAGUGAGUGGAAUUUUUAUCAGGAAUUGCACCAUCAGUAAUACAAUGAAUGGUGUUAGGGUCAAAAGUUGGCCAGACUCCCAGCCUGGCUCAGCAACAGAUAUGCAUUUUGAGGAUAUUAUCUUGAAUAACGUCGGCAAUCCUAUCCUCAUUGAUCAAGAAUACUGCCCAUGGAACCUAUGCAAUUUAAAGGUUCCAUCGCGUGUUAAACUCAGCAACAUUAGCUUCAAGAAAAUUCGGGGCACUUCUUCAACUCCGCAAGUUGUCAAGCUUGUUUGCAGCCGCGGGGUGCCAUGCGAUCGUGUGGAACUUGGCGAUAUUGACAUCACCUACAAAGGACCUGGAGGACCUGCAGUAUCCCAAUGUAUCAAUGUCAAACCCAGACUUUCUGGCAAACAGAACCCGCCUGCCUGUUCCGGCCCUGCCAGGCGUACCGGUGCUUAAUCUCUUUGGGAAGGGGGACACUACUCAUAACACCAUAUAAAUAAUUUGGAAGGAUGUUCAUGUUUUCAAAGAAAUGGAAUUUAAUUUUGCUUGUAAAAUAACAGGACACAACAUCACCCAUUAUAAAAAACAGACAUUUAUUGAGAAAAUUUUAUCCGCAACUCCUUACAAUC